UAAUUUUUUUGGAUUGAAUUGAAUAAUUAUUUUAUGCGGUACGAUGAAUUAACAGCAACAUCAAUUGAUAAUUAAGAAGCAUUGCGUUUUCUUGUCUCAACAUAAGUCUUCAACUAUCAACUAACCUUUUAAUACAUUCAGAUUGAAGUGCGAAUUGCUUCUGACGAAAAUUCAUCAUCUUAGUCAUUAUCAAGUUUGAACGUGCUGGAACAUUUACGUUUACGAAUAUAUCAAUUUUGUAAAGUAUUCGCAAAGAAAGUACUAGUAACGAAACGGUAGAGAAUUACCAUUGGUAGCACUGCGUUAAUAUCCAUAACGUUGGCAACCUUAGCUAUCAAAUCUGACAGCUCGGCCAUUUUGACCGAUUCCUGAAAGGAGAGCUGCAGCCUAUUUUACCACGAAGGAAUAAAUCCGGAAAAAUGUAGGACAUCAUUGGAGUUUACAACUCAGGUGUGGACAAAAAACCUAAAUAAAGCACUUGAACCACAAGCGCGACUACUUAUUCACCCGAAAUGUCACAGCGAAUAACAAAGCAGGCGAUAGUUGAGGCACUGGGUAACGCGGGCAUAAGCUUCUCCAAGUCGGCUAACCUAACCCAACUAAAGCGCCUCUACGCCGGACUCCACCAACUCGAAGAGCACGAGGAUGACGCCUCUAACUCCGAAGAAGAGGAUCCCGUAUGGGUGGUAUCCGCAGACGUGGAUGAUUUCGCCGGCUUUGGCGCCAGCGCGCUAACAGCCACCCUAACUAAUGCCGAAAAUGAGGGCACCACCCGGCCUGCCGCAGCCACUGCCGAAAAACUUCCCGUUGCCACCACAACCUCUGAGACCGGCCCCCAGAUAGUGAACGUGCCGUUGCCGCCCCCAAUAAAUCUGUUGCCACCACCAAUGCCGCCACCGCCGAUAUUAUGAACGAUGACGAACGUGCCGCUGACGCCGCCAGAAAAGCUAUCGCCACCGCUAAUGCCGCCAUGAGGACUGCGGCCAUAGUUAAUGGAAAUGCCGCUGCCGCCAAUACCACUGGUCGACACCACGGCCCGAAUGACCGCCACCGCCGCCAUGCCCCAUACGUUCGCCGCCGCCGUCGUAGGUCUACUGUCGUAACCGCCCAACCCAUCCCAGCCGAGGGGAUAACCACGACACCUUUAGAAAAGCAGAUAGAAGAAUUGCAAAAAGCAACUGCUGGAAUUGAGACGCCAAGUGCAGGAGCUCGAAGACAGGUUCGCCAACAUGCUCCACCCGCAAAGCAGAAUUUUACGAUAUUGAACACGCGCUGCCUAAGUUCAGCUUAGAGGGCAGUGCCCAAACCAUAGGGAAUUUCUUAGCGGACUUUGAGGAGAUUAUGAGGACGGUCGAAGCCGAUGAUCGCUUCAGGCUUUUAAGCCUACGUCGCUCGCUCGAGGGCACCGCCAAACUUUUCCUGUCCACUACCUCGGCGCUAAGCUACGAAACGCUAAAGGAGGCCCUCAUGGAGGAAUUCGCCAUCCCAACUAGCAGACAUGACAUCUAUCGGAUGCUGGGAGGAAAGCGGUGGGACAGACGACGGGAGACCUUUCACUUUUACAUCCUGUCUAUGCAGGCGCUGGCAAAACGGGGCAAUGCCGAUGGCGCUAUGCUUCAACUGCAGUCAACGUGGGCACAUAAAGCCAAAAUGCCCGUACGACCUACGCCCCAAUGGAUCUUGCUUCCGCUGCUGGAAGAUGGGGCAUGACCACCGUUCCUGCCCCAACCCGAAAAAGAGCCUGAAGUCGCUGCCCGACCAACCAGUAAAUGCCGUAUAUUACGAAGACGUCGUGGGACUCGAUAAUUUAGACUUAGUGGAAAGUGGUGGUGCGAGAGUGGCGCAAGUUUCAGCAAGAAAUUUUAGUUUCGAGCAUCUGAUAGUUAAAAGUUGGCACUGUGAGAGAAAUAUGAAAAAUAUUCAUACGAAUAGUAUAUGCUGGAUACACUAAAGAGGAUACAAAAUUAAGAAAGUUAUAAUCUAUUGAUCGUUCCAUUAAAAGCUUCAGUAUAAAGGGGUAAACAUUGAAUAAAUUAUAUUGACUUCACCGUUAUACUAAAUAAAAAAAAAUUUAUGCCAUUGGAAAAUACUUACAACGUAUUAUAUUAUGCUAACGCCCAAAAUCAUAGAAAUUACCACCAUAAAACGACAAUUAACCCAAACUUCAGCUACUUCUUGUGAUCAACAAGUGCAUAUUAAUAUUGAAAGGGAAGUAACCAAAUCCCCGUUAUAGAUUGCCGUUAUCUGAGUACCUUCGGUACGUAUACGGGUAUAUUUGACGCUGGUCGUUUAAAAGUUGUUACGUAGAUAACAGAGAAUAAGUAGUUUUACUGCAACCGAACUAACAACUCGUAUUUAAGAAAAACGAAAAAGAGAUUUUAUUUGAAGCUAACGUCAAAAAGCAACACACCAAUAAUUAUAGAUACAUAUUUACAUAUAUGUAUAUAGAAAGCAUAUAAAGAUCGCCAAAACCAACAUUACACUAUUUUUUGCAACAAUAUCAUGUCCGAUCUUGGCAGUGGCGACGAAGGCAUUUCUGGCUCAAAUGAAGCUCGUUUCUGGGAGAUUAUGGAAAAUUUGAAUGAAGAACUUAUAAUCACUUUAUCGAACUAUCGGGGAAGUUUUCAACAAGUGCCUAAAAGUUUGGAAUGGAGAACCACUAUCCUUCCACAAUUAGACGAAUACCGUUUUCAGCAGAUGCUUAGAGUUACGAGAGACCAAUUUACAUUUAUACUGUCUUUGAUUAGAAACAAUAUCGAAUUUAACAAAUCGCACUCUGUUAGACAAUAUUCGGUGGAUCAUCAACUGGCCAUAGUUUUAUUUCGUUUAGGCUCAUCUGGCGAAAAUGCGGCUAUUAGGAAAAUAGCUUCAGUGUUUGGAGUUGGUGAUGGUGAAACUAUUUACAAAAUAACAAAGAGAGUCUUUCAAGCUUUCUUGGAACUCAAGUCCAAAUAUAUUUACUGGCCGGAUGCUGCUGAAAGGCAAGAAAUAGUGAAAAACACGUAUAAUGAGAUGCCACAUUGUAUAGGAUACAUCGACGGUACUGAACUGAAACUUGCCGAAGCACCAGUGAAAAACCAUACAACUUAUUUUUCUAAAAGUCGGAUAUACUCUAUCAAAGGGCAAGUUGUAUGUGACCAUCAACUGAAGAUUCGACAUGUUGUAGUCGGACAUUAUGGAAGUGUUCACGAUGCUCGCAUGUUUCGUACUAGUACCCUCUGUACUGAAGAAGAUAAUUUUUUUUCUUUUGACCAAUGGUUAGCAGGAGAUUCUGCUUAUCCCUUACUAAAAACCAUCAUUACCCCAUAUCGAUCAAACUCCCAACAGUUGGAUUACGCCAGACGCAAGGCCUUUAACUUACGCCAUAGUAGAUUUCGCGUGAGGAUAGAACAUUGUUUUGGGCUCCUUAAGGAGCGUUUUGGAAGCCUGAAAGAGCUGCGAGUUCGCAUUCAAGAUGAGAAGAGUCAUAAUUUUUGUUCAACUUGGUUCCUUGUUUGCUGCAUAUUGCAUAACAUACUACGAACCCCAUCUCAUGAUGUAGAUUAUAUGUAUAACGUACUUGAAGAUGACGAGGAACUGGAUGAGCUUACUAUGAAUGAAAUUGGUCAAAAUAGUAGUCAAGCAGAAUCCAAACGCAGCUAUUCGUGUGCAUUAAUGCUAGGCGAUUAAUAAAAUACUAAAAAUUUAUCAUUUCUUAUGAACCUACCUUAAGAUUGGUUCGUUCCUAAAAGGAUGUAAAAUAUUUAUUAAACAAACAAUUUUUUAUUUAAUAAUAGAAAGUGUUUAU